ACUGCGGUGGCUCGUACGUUUAAGGCCGAUUGUAUAAAUAUUCUACCACUGGUCGAACAAAGCAUCAGUCAAAGCUUAGCGUUCCAUCAGAACAACAACCCAAUUCCAACUUCCAAAAUGUUCAAGAUCAUCGCCCUGGUUGCCUGCCUGGCCGUUGCCGCCCUGGCCUACGAGGACUACCACAGCCACCCCAGCUACAAGUUCGAGUACGGUGUUAAGGACGGACACACCCACGACCACAAGAGCGCCUGGGAGCACCGUGAUGGUGACCACGUCAAGGGACAGUACACCCUGGAUGAGGCCGACGGAACCCACCGCAUUGUGGACUACAGCUCGGACCACAAGACCGGAUUCCAGCCCCAUGUCCAGCGAGUGGGUCAUGCCCAUCAUCCCCAUGGCGAGAGCUACGCCAACAUCAAGCAGCACUACUAGGACGGUGAACUGAUCUCGGAACCAAAGAAUUAGAACAAAUUUUUGAAAAUAUAGUUUCAAAUUGAAA